AUGACAAGUGACACGUCAGUGGAGUCUGAACCUACCGAGAUAAGUUGUUCAAAACACGAUUCCAUUGAAAAAUGCCAAAAUGCGACAACAUCAAGUGUGAAAUGUAUCUGGUCUGAAAAGGCUAAUAUGUGCAUUAACAGCGAUGAUAAUGAUGUUAAA